GGUGUUUGUGCGCAAAAGAAUUGCGUUUAUUAAGGGGUUGAAACAUUUUCAUCGUUCAUCAUUUCAGUCUGUUCUUUGAUGUCAAAUUGAAAACGUUGAUGUUAAUAAUAUGGGGUUGGUUGAUGUAGUUUUAUUAACUUUAUGUGCAAACAUUUCAUGUCCAGGGGAUCCAGUAAUUGAUAUCUCACAUGAAAAAAAGUUAAUUUUGGAAAACCAAUCGAAACACCUUCGAAAUAAAACGCUAAAAAUUGCAACUCUUUAUAAUCCUCCGCUAAGCUCCUUUUACGUUGAAAAUGGAACAAUUAUCGGCGAUGGAAUCGCUUUUGAAUACAUUCAUAUCCUGCAGGAAAAAAUUGGGUUCAAAUAUGAAGUUGUAAUCCCCGCCGAAGAAAGUUUGGACGUCACUCAAAACGGAAUUAUAGGAAUGCUCAACCGAAACGAAGUUGAUUUAGCAGCGGCUUUUUUACCAGUUUUUCCAAAUUUUUGGAAAUACAUUCGUUAUUCUCGCAGUUUAGAUAAAGGCGAAUGGGUGGUUUUGAUGAAAAGACCCCCAGUUUCCGCAACAGGAUCCGGUCUUUUAGCCCCGUUUACGUUUCAAGUUUGGCUUUUAAUUCUCGUUUCUUUAUUUCUCGUUGGUCCAAUUAUUUACGGAAUCAUUUUACUUCAAGCGCAUCUUUGCAAAGACGACGAAACUAAAGUUUAUCCGCUUCCCGCGUGCGUUUGGUUCGUUUAUGGGGCUUUAUUAAAACAAGGAAGUACUUUAUCUCCGAUGACAGAUUCAUCUAGGAUUUUAUUUUCGACUUGGUGGAUUUUUAUAACGAUUUUAACCGCUUUUUACACGGCUAAUUUAACGGCGUUUUUAACUCUCUCAAAAUUUACUUUGCCUAUUAAUAAAUUAAGCGAUAUUGGGGAUAAAAAAUAUUCUUGGGUAACACAUAAAGGAAAUGCAAUUGAAGAAGCAGCACUUAAUGAUCCAGUCUUUAAAGCAGGAAUAAGGGGCUCUAGAAAUGAAUAUUUAGUGGAAAAUGCAACUAAUAUCCUUGAGAAUUGGGUUAAACGAAAUAAUUAUAUGUACAUUGGUGAAAAACCGAUCGUUGAGCAUUUAAUGUAUCGAGAUUAUUUAUCGAGAAAUUUCCCAAAUAUGACGGAAGCAGAUCGAUGUACUUAUGUAAUAACAACUUGGACUAUAACUGAUACUCUCAGAGCUUUCGGGUAUUCAUUAAACUUUGAAUUCGCCGACCUUUUUAAUAAUAUUUUGGAACAUUUGGUUGAAUCAGGGAUUGUAAAAUACACUUUAAGUUCUGGAUUACCUGACACCCAAAUUUGUCCAUUAGAUUUGGGCAGUAAAGAACGAAAAUUGCAAAACACUGACUUAUUAAUGACUUAUUACAUAGUUGUUGGUGGAUUUGUUAUCUCAACCAUCGUUUUUACAGGAGAACAAGUUUAUUUUAAAUGCAUCCAUAAAGGAAAAUUAGAUAAAAAUCCAGAAAAAUUAUUUACAACAAUCAACAAAAAAUUAACAACACUUGGAAACGAAAAUCAAAAUCAAUUUUCUCCACCACCCCCACCGUAUCACGCUUUAUUUACACCUCCUUUUCCUCAUACACCAAAAGCACAAACUAAAACUAUUAAUGGAAGAGAAUAUUGGGUUGUGCGUAAUAUUGAUGGAGCAACCACUUUAAUUCCGAUAAGAACACCUUCUGCAUUUUUAUUUCAAUACACUCAUUAAAAAAAAAUCUUGUAUUGUUAAUAACUUUCAUAAAAUAUUAAGUAAACUGUUACUGAUAAGAAUGUUUUGCAUAUUAAAAAUAUUUCAAGGUUAACAUU